AUGAAGGAAUCAGAGACCAUUCAAGAGUACUCCAAUAAACUUCUAGAGAUUGCAAACAAAUUGAGAUUACUGGGAGGAGAAUUUGCAGACAUGAGGCUUGUCCAAAAGUUUCUAGUUUCAGUCCCUGAAAGGUUUGAGACAACAAUUUCAGCCUUAGAAAAUACAAAGGAUUUGUCAAAGUUAACCUUAGUAGAACUCUUGAGUGCUUUUCAAGCACAAGAGCAAAGAAGAUCUAUGAGGCAGGAAGGAACUAUAGAGGGAGCAUUGUAUGUAAAGUCUCAACAAAAACAAAGUGACAAAGGAAAGAAGCAGGGGAAGAAAGAAUUUGAUGCAGCUAAUGGGAAAGCAAGUAGCAGUGGGAAGAAAGAGUAUCCUCCAUGCCAAUACUGUGGAAAGAAGGGUCAUCCGCCAUAUAGAUGUUGGAAACGACCGAAUGUGCAGUGCCACAAGUGUAAACAAUUGGGGCAUAUUGCAAAGUUUUGCAAGAAUAAGUCUCAACAAGUUGUAGAAGCAAAGGUAGCAGACCAACAACAAGAGAAGCAACUAUUUGUUGCAGCAAGUUUUGCAACAAGAAGUCCAGAUGAAAUUAAGGGAGAAGGCACUAUAGCCAUAGACACUAGUGCAGGUACAAAAAUGAUCUCAAAUGUUCUUUAUGUACCUGAUGUGAGCCAUAAUCUACUAAGUGUUGGUCAGUUACUUGAAAAAGGCUUUAAGGUUUUAUUUGAAGACAAGAUGUGCUUGAUACUUGAUGCUAAGGGGCAGAAAUUGUUUAGAGUAAAGAUGAGAGGUUUGCCACUGCUAGAUAAAGAGUUGAUAGUUUGUAAGGCUUGCCACUAUGGGAAGCAAACAAGACUUCCAUUCAAGGCAGGCUCAUGGAGAGCAAAACAGAGAUUGCAACUCAUCCACACUAAUCUCAGUGGACCAAAAUCAGAGGUUAAGAGGGAUAAGCUUGAUAGGAGGGCUGAACCAAGCAUUCUCAUUGGGUACAACAAUGUUUCCAAAGCAUAUAGGGUGUAG